CGACAAAAAUUGAUGCAAGGAUCCAUCCAAACAUGGUUCACAGCACUACAGCAGUGUUGUGUUGGUAAAGCAACUAGCAUCGGCUUCCACCCGGUGAAAUUGUCCGCGGUUUCUUUCUUCAUAACUCAUAAUUUUGGUGGAAGUCUGUUUUGCUUUGCACCUCACUCUGCUUUCAAAUUCAUAUUUUGGUCCUGUCACAAAUCCGGAUCAAAUAAGUCUAUAUUGAUCCAAAGCUACCCAGAUUACAAGAUCGUUGUUCUUGACAAACUUGAUUACUGCUCAAAUCUCAAGAACCUCAACCCCUCCAAAUCAUCUCCCAACUUCAAAUUUGUCAAAGGAGACAUCGGAAGUGCAGAUCUGGUCAAUUACCUCUUAAUCACCGAAUCCAUUGACACCAUAAUGCACUUUGCUGCUCAAACCCAUGUAGACAACUCAUUCGGAAACAGUUUUGAGUUCACAAAAAACAACAUAUAUGGGACCCACGUGCUUCUCGAAGCCUGCAAAGUCACCCGCCAGAUCAGACGAUUCAUCCACGUCAGCACAGACGAAGUGUAUGGUGAAACAGAGGAAGACGCCAUUGUUGGCAACCAUGAAGCUUCACAACUUCUUCCCACAAAUCCAUAUUCUGCUACAAAAGCAGGUGCAGAAAUGCUUGUGAUGGCUUAUGGUAGAUCAUACGGAUUACCCGUGAUUACAACAAGAGGAAAUAAUGUUUAUGGCCCAAAUCAAUUCCCAGAAAAACUAAUCCCUAAAUUCAUUCUCUUAGCCAUGAGAGGGAAACCACUUCCCAUUCAUGGAGAUGGAUCUAAUGUCAGAAGUUAUCUCUACUGUGAAGAUGUUGCUGAAGCUUUUGAAGUCAUUCUUCACAAAGGCGAAGUGGGACAUGUUUACAACAUUGGAACCAAAAAAGAAAGACGAGUCAUCGAUGUUGCUAAAGACAUGUGUAACCUUUUCAACAUGGAUCCUGAAUCAAGCAUCAAGUUUGUUGAAAACAGACCUUUCAACGAUCAAAGAUACUUUCUAGAUGAUGAAAAGCUCAAAAGCUUAGGGUGGGCCGAAAGAACAACAUGGGAAGAAGGUUUGAAAAAGACAAUGGAAUGGUACACCAGCAACCCCGAUUGGUGGGGUGAUGUAUCGGGUGCACUCCUCCCUCAUCCAAGAAUGCUAAUGAUGCCAGGUGGCGUUGAACGAGUGGUCGAAGUAUCCGAAAACAUUCAAUCCGAUUCCCCUCAUGCUGUUGUUAACCCUUCCCAAUUCCGAAAAGUGGGACCCGUUACCAAACCAAAUAAACCAUCUUUCAAGUUCUUGAUUUAUGGGAAAACAGGGUGGAUCGGUGGAUUACUUGGGAAACUAUGUGAAAAACAAGGAAUCCAAUACGAAUACGGAAAAGGGCGUUUGGAGAAUCGGGCACAAAUUGUAGAAGAUAUCCAAAAAAUCAAACCCACCCAUGUUUUCAAUGCUGCGGGUAUCACGGGUCGACCCAAUGUCGAUUGGUGCGAAUCACAUAAAACCGAAACGAUUCGCACCAAUGUCUCCGGGACCCUCACUUUAGCAGAUGUCUGCAAAGAAUCCGGAAUCUUGAUGAUCAAUUUCGCCACCGGAUGUAUUUUCGAAUACGAUGAGAAGCAUCCGGAAGGUUCCGGAAUCGGUUUCAAAGAAGAAGACACUCCUAAUUUCACCGGAUCCUUCUAUUCCAAAACCAAGGCUAUGGUUGAGGAGCUACUGAAAGAAUACGACAACGUGUGCACAUUGCGGGUCCGGAUGCCGAUUUCAUCGGAUCUAAACAACCCGCGAAACUUUAUUACGAAAAUCGCGCGAUACGACAAAGUGGUGAAUAUUCCGAACAGUAUGACGAUUUUGGAUGAGCUUUUACCGAUAUCGAUUGAAAUGGCGAAGAGAAACUUGAGGGGGAUAUGGAAUUUUACAAAUCCGGGGGUUGUGAGUCAUAAUGAAGUAUUGGAGAUGUAUAAGGAGUAUAUAAAUCCGGAGUUUAAGUGGACGAAUUUUACAUUGGAAGAGCAAGCGCGAGUGAUUGUUGCACCAAGGAGUAAUAAUGAAUUGGAUAUGACGAAAUUGAAGGAGGAGUUUCCGGAGUUGUUGUCGAUUAAGGAGUCGUUGAUCAAGUAUGUGUUUGAACCGAAUAAAAAAGUUUAAAUUUAUUAUUAUUAUUAUUAUUAUUGUUACAUGUGUAAUGUUUAAAUAGUUUGAGAUGAUAGGAAAAGGAAGAUCAUACUGAUAGUCUUGAUACUAUAUUGUUAGCAGAUUGGUAUUCUUGGUUUCUUUACAGGUUUAAUUUGUUGUUAAUUACAGAAUGGUUAUUUUGAUAUAUUAAUGUUGUUUUUUUUUCUGUGAAUUUGAAUUUUGUUAUGGUUUAUUCAAAGUAUGUUGUUUUUAGUGGGUUUGUUUUU